UACGGUUGUCUACGUACAAUAGCACUUUAUCUGGUUCAAACAAUUAUUUGUAAUUUUUUUAAAUUAUCAUUCAGAUAGUUGUGAUAUAAUUAAAUAAGUUUUCAUGAUGAUCAUCCUGCGAUGUUUGUUUAUAUUAUUUAUCUGUGGAUACUGCAACGCAAAAUUUCAUCAUCAUAAAGAUAGCAGUUACUUGAAUCACGUGCAGUUGGUGCAUCAAUUUAGAUGUUCGUUGCCACAGCCACGUGCCGUACGUGUAGAAGAGCUUUUAUCGGUUGGUCCAAGUCCAGACGAGAUUUUUUAUCCAAUCUCAACAGUUCUGGCACGCUGUGGUGGUUCCGGAUGUUGUGCAGAAGAAAGUCAAAUAUGUGGACCAAUUCAAACCAGGAACGUUAGUUUAGUCUUCAUGGUAAAACAUCGCAUUGAUCAGCAACGAGACCGACAUCAUGAAAUCAUUCAUGCAGUAGAACAUCUCAAAUGUGCUUGUGUCGAUAAAGAUCGAGAAAUAUUUUCUUAAAUUAAGCAAAUAAAAAUUGCAUUUGUAUUUACUUAAAUCAUUAAUAUGUUAUUCUACAAAGUUAUAUAAAAACCUGUGAUAUUCUU